AUGACUACAGGUGAGUUGCUCGUUAUUCAAGAUCAUCCUACUAAGGCAAACAUCAUAGAUCAAUUACCUCCACUGGCUUUACGUUCUUCGCCUCCUUUCCCUUCACCAGGUUCUUCCUUUCUACCACCACCGACACCUGGUCCACAUGAAUUCGCUCCUCCUAGUAGGAAACAGUCAAAGAAGGAUUUAGAUGACAUCGCUUCUUCUACCGCUGCCAAUGGCCAUGCUUGCAGCGGUCAGGCAACACCAAACGGCGCGGUAAACUCUCCAAAUCACACUUUUCUAGAUCCUCGCUCGCGUGAUACUCCUUCUCCUCAUCGACUCGUCAUCAAUCCUGACUCACACGACACAGAAGACCCUAAGCUUUCUCCACAGCCUCCAUCACACAGCCACAGACUCAGCACACAAUCUGUUACUUCCCUCACCUCCUCCCGUCCCGCACCACCCUCCCCUGCAAUCUCCCGCCGUGCCUCAGGCCUCUCCCGCACAUCCUCCAAAUCUCGCUCCCGCCCUGUCUCAGGCAUCAACUCUCGCCCCCUCUCAAACGCCCAACGCCCCGUAUCCGCCGCACUCUCCCCCAGCGCAGUUCUCUCCCGUACACCCAGCGGACCUCCCACAGAAUUCAAAGUCCUUAUCAAAAUCCGCGACUUUGCAUUCGCGCCUUCAGAUCCGCGGUUCUCAGGCGAAGGACCGAAUGUACCUCGCCUCAAUCGUCCCAAAGUCCUCGCUCGCCGUUUGCGCGGGUCGUCCUCGUCGACGUCCUCUUUGAUUUCCACGUCGUCGACAGAAGAGGAAGAUGACCAGUGGGAGGACGAGAAUGAUACUAAUGGUUGGGGAGGUUUCAAGUGGGGUUUUCAGAAAUUGCAGUCUGGUUGGGGCCUUGGCUCGGGUUCUUCUUCUUCCGAGGACUUUCCUUCGAGAACCGACUUUGCUCGUAACUUUGGAGACGGCGGUGGUGAUGAUGAUGAGAGUGAGGUGUAUGAAGAGCCAGAUGAGUUCUCCGAGAACCAAGACGAUGAUGAGGAUGAGGACAUGUUGUAUCCUGGUCUCUAUCGCGCGCUGUAUUCCUUUGACCCAGAAGGAACUGCGGAGAUGAAGCUUGAUGAAGACCAGGUCGUCCGUGUCGUCGGACGGGGUGGUGGAGUGGGAUGGGCGGUAGUUGUGAAAGAGGACACUGGUGUGCAUGCCCUCGUACCGGAGAGCUAUCUAGAGGUCGUCAAACUCGAUGGGGACGAUGAUGACUGA